UAUAGUUUAAAAAUUCUAUACAUCUACAGUUGUAUCUACAUUAACAGUUGUCUCUUAAUUUAUAAAAUCAUUAACAAUAAUAAAAAAGUUACGAAGUUGUUUUUUCCAAUGUUUAAUGAAGGGUAUAAAAGAAAUGUUAUUUUGGACCAAUUAAAAAAAAGAAACGUUGAAAGUCCAAUUGUUUAAGUUAUAUACUGGUAUUAAUAAAUAUUCCUGUGUAUACAUUGACAUCUACAAAUUUAUUAAAAGAAGUGUCAAGAUCUGCGAAUCAUUGAAGACACAACACUUUAGCUGUAAAAUUAGGUCAAUGAAUGUUGAUAAUUAAUAUACUUUAGAGGGCUAAAUAAUUUAAUAUUGCGAUAUUAGCGCUUUUGUUCUCUGCAUUAUCGACCGAGCAACAAACAGUUGAAAACAUGUCAUGGCUGAUCUUGUGAUUCAUAACAAUGUGUUAAUUUAUUUUACUUAUUCUGAUAAAAUAUGAAAGAUAAAUAUUCAGGAUUACAAAUGGAUCCUGUUUCUGUCUUAAAACGUAACAACCGAAACAUCACGCUCCGUAACACACAUAGAAUUUAUAAAAAAUGGGGAUUAAAGUAUCAUGCAGCAGUAAGAGAUGCUGUCUUCAAGAUGAACUCAAUGCCAUUUGUACCUUUAAAACCACCAGCUUCUUUGAAAUGUGACAAUGGAGAAUCUGAUUUAGUAUAUGUGUGUCAACAAUGCAAAGAUUGCUUUUGGUUUAAAAGCAGCUUCGAAGAUCACAGUCAGAGACACAGUUGGAUUUUAGGAUUUUGGUGUCAGAAAUGUUUCUUAACAGUAUGUACACAUAUACCUAAUAGUAAUUCACCAUGUGAUCUGUGUGUAAAUAUGGAACAUAAUAAGCGGUCAUAUAUGAAAAAGAAAGGUAUCCAUAAACAUCAAAAAAUGGGGACUAUUAGAGUCUUUUAUAAUCAGUGUCAAUUUUUUGCACAUUUAAAAUUGCAUAAUAUAUCUUUAGUCAAUAUAUGUGAUAUUAUGUUAAUGCCAUUACCAAAUAUGGAGGGUGAUUGGACACCUAAAAUGGAUACAGCUUGUGAAGCUCUUUUGGAACAUUGUUUCAUGAUAAGAGCACAUAUCAUGGAUUGGUUACGAGCCAAAAAUGUAGAUCAUAAUUGGUGGCAAUUAGUUGAAAGUAACAUCGAUGAUAAUGAUAAUCCUAUUACAAAAAUUUUAAAAACCUAUAAUGGAAGGAAUUUAUUUAAUCCAGAUAUAGCAAAAGUAGAUGCUGAUUUGGUUCCUUUGACCUUACUGUACAAAACUAGUUUAACAUCUACUGUUGGAGUUACUAAAGUAGCAUCAGAGAAGAAUGAGAAAGAUUAUAAUAAAAAUGUUAAUGAUAUAAGUAGUGUAGCAACAGCUACUCUACUCAAUCAGGAUAUUAUUGAAGAUGAAGAUAAUCCUUGCACUCCUACUGAUAUUACCUUUGUAGAUUGUGGUCCUACUUAUAAGUAUUAUACAUAUGGUCCAUUUACAGAUUAUUCUUCACACAAUAGUAAAAUGACCAAUUCGAAAUAUGUGCAAUAUAUGAACAACAACACGCAAUCAGCAGUAAGCAAAAAACAAAGUAAGCAAAAAAAAUUAAAGAAAGAAGCUGUAAAUUAUAUUACUUCCGUUUCAUCCUCAUCUAAUAGAUCAUCUAACUUCAUCAGUACAAAAGAAUUUUUCAAUCAAAAUUUGGAGAAAGAUACUAGUUAUAUGCAAAAAGAUCUUGCACAUAAAUGUAGUGGUAGUGCAAAAUUAUCCACUGUUGCAAUCACUACACAGAAUGGUUCUAUAGAAAAUAUAAUGAAGAAAUCAAUUACAAAAAAUGCAAAUUUGUUGCCUAAUUUAUCACAUAAAGGGAUAGUGAAUCAGGAAUAUCAGAAACAAAACUAUCUAAAAAAUGAUUCAAAUUUACUAACAUUCCAAGGUACAGACUCUGCAAAAAUGAAUACACUCAUUACUCAAUUUCCAUCUCAUUUUCUUGCUAAUAAUAACAUUUUAUUUAUUGGUCAAGAUAUGGAUGGAGUAAACAGAAAAGUCAAUCAUGUAACACUUGAUGCAAAAUUUCAUGAAAAAGAUGUAAAAAAUACGUCUACCAAAUUAAUACCUUUACAUACGUCUAAUAGUCCAAUAUCUGAGGACAAUAAGAGUACUGGUAAUUUAAACAAAAUGACAGCUGAGUCUAAUAAAACAAAAACUCAUCAGAUUCCUUUUGAAGGUAAAAUUGUAUAUCGAAAUGGCAGAAAAUAUAUUAUUACACAUACACCAAAUUUUCAAACAAGCACACCUACAUCACCUGAUUCAUCAAAUAAUAUGCAAAUCGUACGAUAUAAUACAAAAAAUCAAAACGGUGUAACUAAGUUAACUUCAGUUGAAAAUACAUAUCUUAAUUUAUUCGAAACAAACGUAUCUUUACCGACACCAUCACCAUCUUCAUCAGAAUUAUCAAAUAGUUCAAGUUGCGAAGCUCAGAAAAAACAUAACUUAUCCGUUGCUUGUACACGAAAAAAUUUAGAAACAUCAAGAAAUCACUUGAAACCAAAAUUUAAACAUUCUAUAUUGGAUUUACUAAAUGAUGAUGUAUUGUGUGAAACUCUAUCAUUUCGUAGGGCCGAAAAUGCAGAAAUAUAUUUGAAUAUAAAACGAAGCAAAAAUAGUACCAAGCAGCUGAACGUAGUUACAACUGUAACAAUACCAAAUUGUAGACAAGACAUGUUGAAUGAAUUUCGACAACUGAAUUGCUCUGAAAUAAAGGAACGCAUUUUGCACUUGCAAGAGGUUCGUACAGAAAUUCUGAGAGUUAUGAAUUUCGCAGGCGAUAGAGACAUCGAAGAUACAUUAAAAUCAAUUAGAAAUUUACAAAGAGCAUUGGAGGAUGCAUUGGAAGAUGCUCUUGAAUCAUGCAAUCAUGAAUCUGAAGAUAUGAAGGAUAUAUGGAAUGAUCAAGAAGUAUUAUUGAAUGAAUGGGAAUCAGAAUGCCAGUUAUCUGGUAAUGAAUUCAGAUGCGCCACGUGCAGUAAAAUCAUGAAACCCAAGACUUAUAUUCCGGGAUUUUCCAAACCAGCAGAAAAUGAUACUAUAUAUUGUUCAUGUUAUAAACAUUUUUGUCAAGAAUGUUGUAGUUAUCAAGGUAACGUUACUCGGUUUUUAACACAUCAGAAUUUUCACGAAGAAGAAAAACCCUAUGCUUGCCCUGACUGCUUUCGCAGAUUUCCUUCCUUUAGAUUACUUGAAGGGCAUACAUGGUCUCUUUGUUUUCAUAUGUUGAAGAAACGUGUUUUUUGUUGUAAAAUAUGUCAGAUAGAUGGUUUUCAAGAUACAGAAUCCAUAGCAAGACAUUUUGCUAUUAUGCAUAGUAAUAAAAAAAUAGCGUGCGAAACUUGUUAUAUGGUACUAGAUACGUACAUUGAAUAUAAAAGACAUCGUGACAAAAUGCAUUCGACCACGGCUAAAUUUGAACCUAUAAGACUGAUGAUUUGCAAACUAGGGCAAUGUAUUAAUCGGUACGAGAAGUAUAUGAUGCACUUAGAGAAACAUUAUGGUAUACGUAAAAUAACGUGGUUGAAAUGUCCUUUUUGUCCAUAUUAUAAUCUCGAAAGCAAACAGUUUUUAAUCCAAUUCAAAAUACAUUUUCAAAUAGUACACCUCAAUCGUUUAGUAGAAAUUAUUAAACCAGAAACAUUGAAAGAUAUUUUACCAACUAGUCUUUCCGAAUGUUUAUUUAAAAAUAAGGAAUCGUUAAUUUAUGACAACGAAAAAUUCAAGAAGCUUAGACAUAGUGAUGAUAAAGUACGCUUAGAUACAAUCGUACCUAAAAUAUUAAACACACGAACUAUAGCAUCAGAAGAUUUUGAUCGAGUUUCGGAGCAUACUGAAACUGUUACAACAAAUAGCAAGAGCUUACGUUCGAUGCAAUCAACGAUAAAAAACAAAGUAGAAGAUAAUGUUUGUUCUGACAUAUCUAAUAAAAAUACUGAUUUUAAGAUUUUGGAUGUUAGAUCAGAAAAUACAAGUUCUUCAGUAUUUCAUCCUUGCAUUGAUAAAGAAGAUAAUCUACCGAAAAUUUUAGAUGUAAGGUCAAUAGCCGAUGUUUUGUCAAAAGAUCAAAAAUGUUCAUCAAACGUUGCUGAGAUGAAAGAAGUUACUGUGCACAGUAAGGAAAUACAAUCAAAUGCUGCAACUGAUACGACAAAGAAACUUAAAUCAGUAGUAAAUGAUCAAUCAAAAGAAACGUGCAAUUCUCCGAAAGAAACUACACAAAAUGAUGCAAAAUAUAUAGAAAGUGAUAAUAUUAUUUCGGAAAAUAAUGGAGAAGUAAAUAAUGUUCAAAACAUUGUCACCAAAUUAAAACAAUCGAGUCCGGCGACAGAAAUUUUGAAACCUAUUAUUAAGGACUUAAAUGUAGUUACGAACAUUAGCAGCACAAAUGCUUUAUUGGAAAACAAUUUAACAGUUAGUAACUGUAAUAACACGCCUAAUGAAAUAGAAGUAGGCGAUAACAUAAAUUCACCGAGUAUAACGAAGUCGGAACAAGUGACUGCUCUUUCAUCAAACAAGGAUUCCAUUAAAUCAGAAGAUAUACAUUUCAUACCAAAGCCACCACCUUUAGUCCGUAUUCCUCAGUAUAUUUUAGAGAGUCGGAAUCAUCAGGAAGUAAAGAGAAUUAAAAAAGACAGCCGUAUGAUUUCAGGACAUGGUAAAACAAAUAUCAAACGGCCAUGGCGAAUAGCUUUAAAUGGUCCAACUAAUUCGAAAAAUGUGCAUCAAGAUUAUUUAUGCCACUUGUGUGGCGAGCUGAUAAAUACUGCUUGGCCUAUCAUCAGUAUCCACUUUAAUACAAGGCAUUCGGACGAGUGCAAAUUAUCAAUUGUAACACCGCGAUUAUUAAGAAUAACUCCUGAAUUCAUUAAUGGUGGCUAUAAGGAAUUGUUUAGUAAUAAAAAGCGUAGAUCAGACGGAACAGUAUCGAUUUCGAAAAAAAGAAGAAGAUGGAGUACAAAAAAGCAUACAGAUUCGAAUAACUCAUUUGGUCUGGGAUUAUGUGUGGAACAAGAGUCUGUAGAAGACGGAGAGGGUAAUUUCAUAUGUCGGAAAUGCGAUCAACGAUGUGCAAAUAUGUCAGACCUAAGAGAACAUAUAGCUUCCAAUCAUAGAAUCAAAGGUCGAUACUUGAUUUGUUUGGAAUGCGGUGAAAAUUUCGUUGUCGCGCCAAGUUUACAAAUGCAUUUGAAAGCUUUUCAUGGAAUAGAAGAUCCUAUUUCGUACAUGAAUCAAAAUUCAUCUUAUGCGCCGGAUAAUAUCGAUGAUCUUGAAAAUGAAACAAAGGCAAUGAUAGCCAAUCAAUGUUAUGUGUGCAUGGCUGUAUUUGAAGACAAAGCUACCGUUGAUAAACAUCUCAGAGUACAUGGUAUGGCAUUUCUUAAUCGCAAGAGAAUAGAAGCUCGAAAUGCUUUAAAGAGUUCAGAUAAAACUAUAAAAGUCAAUGAUGACAAGCAAAGUUUUCAAAAAGAAAAUACAAAAAAACCUGUUAAACGGGACAAUCCAUCAAAUACUAUCCUCGAAAAAAUUAAUGCUACGAUAUUAGAGGAAGCUCAAUGAUUAAAGGCAAAAGUUCUUGUAAAAUAGUACGUUCGUAUCUUUUGUAUUUUAAAGGUAUGCAUAAGUUUAUCAUUGUAGAUAAUUUAUUGUACAUUCUUUAAAAUUAUCUGACAUGUGAAGUGAGGAUAAUGUACAAAUUCCAAAAUUCUCGUCAAAAUAAGACUCGAUAUGAGUUUAUAUAUGUACAUUUUUUAACUACUAGUAUGUUUUCAAACAUCUAGAGGUUCAUUGUAAAAUAUGAUAUAUUAGAUAUCAUUUGUUAUAUUAGUAUAAUUAGAUAUAGAUCUUAAUAUUCCUAGAUAUUAAAAAUAUGUCCGUACAUGCAAUCUGAUUAAAUUUUUACUUUAAUGUGAUUAAUUUAACUUAAUUUAUCAAAUGAAAUUUUAUUUUCAAGAAAAAAGACAUUAUCGAUUAAAAGGAGAUUAGUAGUACGUGAGACUGUUUAAAAGAAUCUUAUAAAAUUUCUAUUUAUGUUAUAUUUUAUGAAGAAAUUUCUAUAAAAUUUCAUUUAUUGAUUUUGGGUAAUAAAUUUAUAUAUGCACGUUUAUUUGAUUAGCAUUUAUUUGACACGGUCAAAUAAAUUGUUAAUAUUAUUGUAGAAUGAUAUUUCAAAUAUUGUCUUCCCUCAAAUUAUAAUUUAAAAUAAGAUAUUAUUUCUUUUUUUGUUUCUUUAUAUAUAAGUAUAUGUAUAUGUAUGUAUGUGCACAUAUACAUGUCUAUAUUUGAUAAUUCAAGGUGCUAUUAUAUAACAUGUAACAAAGUUCGUGAUUUUUCUUUUUACGUCAUUUAAACUUCGGACAUUUUUUUUUUUUUAAUUUCAUUAAUUUUCAAAGCAAUAAAGGUAUUGGAUAUUAUGGAAUAAUCAGGAAUUAAUUUAUACACUCGCAAACUUGUAAGUUUGUUUUUUUGUUUAAGAACUAAAUUAUUUAAGUAAUUGGAAUAUUUGAAGAAAUUUUUUGUGUAUCUAUAUUAGAUAAGAAUAUGAUAGACUGAUAAUAAAUUAACAUUAUUUAACAAUUAUUUAUACGUAACGAAGCGAAAGAACUUUCUUUUACUAUAUAUACUAUCUAUUACAAUGAUUUUCUACUUGAUUUCAUGUUAACUGACAUUUAAUUACAUAUAUUGGGAAUCACGAAUUGUUAUUUACAUAAUUGUGCGCUUUGGCCUUUUGAAAUUUACUAGUCAUGUAUCGAAAACACAUUGCCACCCCUAAUAAAUAAAUUAUAUAAGGCAUAA